GGGCAACUCGAUGGCGCGUGCGCAUAAGGUCGUGGCGCCAGGUCCGUCCACACAGCUCAUGGAAGCGCUCGCGGUGCGGCGCUACCGCGUGCGGCACGACGCGUGCCUCUUCUUCGUGAGUCUCCUCGUCUCGAUCAACAUCGUCAUCAUGCCGUUCCAGGCGUACGUGUCCGAGGCGGUGCCAUGGAGCGCACCGCCCAUGGACAAGCCGGAUGCAGCGAGCUUUGCCGCCUUCAAUGCCUCGACGCUUGCGCUCAACCAAGCCUUGUACAGCCGCAGCACACUCCCGAGAGGGGUCACCUACCAUGCGGACGUGGCUCGACACAGCUACGUCCUGCGCCACGUGCUCGACGUGUCGGUGCCCACGACGUGCGCGUCCUUGGUCCCGGGGCUACCGGGGGCGGUGUUUUACGGUGCAGCCAUGCACGCGCUUCUCUGCGACGUUGCGACGUCGAGGAAUCAGUCGUGGCACAACCGGGGCACGUGCCUCGUGGUGACGUUUCUCUGGCUUCCAAUCGCGCACGAGUGUCUCUGGCUCACGUCCGGCAACGAUUUGGUCGCGACCAAUGCGUCGAUGGAGGUGACGUUGACCUUUGCAUUGACACAGUACCCGUACCCGGCGCUGCUCUGGGCCAAGUUUGUGUUCCGCGCGAUUUCAACGCUUGUCGUGGCGUAUGUAUUGUGGGAUCGGUACUAUAAGCACUACUUUGCUCUGGCCCGCUUGAUGGGCCAAUACGGCCACCGCGCCGACUUGGACAAGGCGUGCGAAUGGCACUACCUCCUCGUCGUCGGCGACCCCUCGUCGAUCCUCGUCACGAGUCCGCUGAUUGUCGGUGUGUUUUUUCUGGACAUUUGGCUGAGCCCGCAUGUGAUCGCGACGGCCGUGCUCCGCCUCUUGCAAACCCAAGAGGUUUCGACCAUGCUCCGCGCCGCCUUGUACCUCUUCCGCAUGGUCUGGAUCGCCUACGGUGCCAUGUGUGCAACGUCCGUGUGUCUGAAGCGAUCGCGGCGCCACUGCGUCUUUGCCGAAGUCGACCCGACCGUGCUCGUGCUCAUUAUGACGUUCUAUGGUCCGCUAUUGUGGCUCAUGGCGGGCAACGUGUGGACUUGCCUGCGAUUCUGUCAAUGGCUCCUCACGUGCCUCCUGCCUGACGACGCCAAGGUGACACGCGUCGAGAUCAUCCUCGUCGGCUGCGUCUACAUUGCCUUCGUGGCGCUUCUGCCAUUGACGUACGGCUUUGUCGCGGGCUAUAUCCGAACACCGAGGGCACCACCGAUCGCGUACGAUAGCUUUCGGUACAACUCGUUCAAGACGCGCGCGCUCAUCACGCAGGUCCACCCGCUUCGCCUCGGUGAACACGUGGGUCUCUCGUUCGGUGGCUCGAUUUACUCGGUGUUUGAAAUGCACAUGCAGUACAAGAAGACACCGACGAUGAACGCGCGCGGGUCCGACUGCUUUCUCUUGUGCUACCGCAACAAUGCCCUCGUCACCAAGAUGCGGCUCAGUCUUCUCUGCAGCCUCGACUGCACUGGCGGCGGGAAGAGUCCGCCCAUCAUUGACGCCGAAGAGCCGUGCGAGUUUCAUGUGAACGCGUUCAACUACACGGGUCGCCACCGAAAGCUCUCGCUCAUCGCGGGCCGAGGCAGCAUCGAUACGCGCAUCACCAUUUCCCGAUCGGCCCACCCGACCGAGUGGUGUAUGUAAUAGCUUG